CGAAAACGUGGGCAGGCAAACCCGCACGGCCGCACUGGAAGAAGAGCUUGCUCAAAAAAAAAAAAAAACUAGUGGAAGAAGAGGAACAGUGUCUUCGUCUCGAACCCCGGCGUCCGCUCCGCCGCGCUAGCCGCCGCCGUCGCCGCCGCCGCCGAGAUGGAUUACCUCAAGACGGUGGUUCCGUCACAGCUCAUGGCCGAGCGCGGCUCCAAUCUUGUCGUCAUCAACCCAGGAUCUGGAAAUGUGCGAAUGGGGUUUGCUAGUCAGGAUGUGCCAUUCAAUAUACCACAUUGCAUUGCCCGACACAUCAAUCCACAAGAGGGCGAAGAACCAAGAUUCUCUGUGCGCGAUCAGAUGCUCAACUGCCAUGCUACUUCAUCACAGAAUGCAGAGCGGGAGAGUGCAUAUGAUAUUAUUGCAGCACUGAUGAAAAUCCCAUUUUUGGAUGAUGAAGAAAUGCCUUCACCGAGCCAACCCCUUCCUCCAAAGAUGGGACGUGUUGAUGGCUUUUCUUCGCAGCAAAACAGAGAUGACCUUAAAUUCACUUGGACAGAUGUGACAGAGAGAAUUACUAAGCCAUCCACAUCAAUUGAUAGGUCAGUAUACAAGGAUGCUGAGGAAGAUACUCCGCCAAGCACAUCUGGUGAUGAUAAUGGACAUGAAUUUAAAGAGAAUAAGUAUAAAGAAAUGAUAUUUGGAGAAGAUGCUCUGAAAAUUCCUCCUUCAGAGUCAUACUGUCUGAGUCGUCCUAUCAGGAGAGGCCAUUUUAAUGUGUCUAAUAAUUAUUCACUGCAUCAGGUUUUAGAAGAUUUACGCACUAUUUGGAACUGGGUACUGACAGAAAAGUUGCAUAUCAACCCAAGAGAUAGAGGUCUAUAUUCUGCAAUUCUUGUUCUUGGGGAGACAUUUGACAACCGAGAAAUAAAAGAGAUGCUGUCUAUCGUUCUCAAUGAUUUGGGGUUCAGCACAGCAGUUGUACAUCAGGAAGCUCUAGCUGCAGCUUUUGGAAAUGGUUUAUCUACAGCUUGUGUUGUCAACAUUGGUGCUCAAGUUACACAAGUAGUUUGUGUUGAGGAUGGAGUAGCUUUGCCACACACAGCUUUGGCGCUUCCAUAUGGUGGAGAUGACAUCUCCAGAUGCUUGCUUUGGGUUCAACGUCGCCAUCGCACGUGGCCGAACUUCCAAACUGAUCCAGUGAGCAAGCCUAUAGAUCUGCUAAUGCUCAACAAAAUAAAAGAGUCAUAUAGCCAAAUAAAAACUGGGAGCAUUGAUGCAGUUGCGCUUGUUCAUUCAUAUGAUAAUGAAAGAUCUGGUGGACAUCAGAAGACAAAACUAUCAGCUCUUAAUGUUCCUCCUAUGGGGCUUCUUUACCCAAGGGUUCUUGUUCCAGAAGAGUACCCUCCACCUCCUCGAUCUUGGUUCCAAGACUAUGAUGACAUGUUGGAGGAUACCUGGCAAACAAGUGAUGGUCUUUACCCUAGUGGGAAUGGUGGAUUUGGCAUGUGGGACAGUUAUCCAGUGUUUUCCACUAGAUUAAAGAAAUUUGAGAACAUUGGCCUCGUAGAGGCCAUCAUUAGUAGCGUUCUUUCAACAGGACGUGUUGACCUUCAAAGGAAGCUGUUCUGUAGCAUUCAGCUGGUUGGUGGUGCAGCUUCUACAGCUGGCCUUGCACAAGUGCUGGAGCAAAGGGUUCGCACUAAAAUUUCAGCAAACCAAUCUAUUGAGAAAGUUGAGGUGUUGCAAUCUAGGACUUAUCCAUUAUUUGUUCCAUGGAAAGGUGGAGUGAUUUUGGGUGUCCUUGAUAUUGGUAGGGAUGCAUGGAUUCAUAGAGAAGACUGGAUUAAAAAUGGUGUCCACAUCGGGAGUGGCAGAAAAUAUAAGGAUUCCUAUUUUCUUCAGGCGCAAGUAAUGUGCUACUACAAUAUAUGACAGGUUGUUCGACUGCAAACCAUCUUAGAACAUGAUCGGUGGACUGCGAUUAACUUGCGUACACGAUGCAUCAGUUUCAUUGAUGCUGGCUGCUGUAUUUUUGGGUUCGGAGGUCGGUCAUCAACCCGAGACCUGGACUAAGGGCUGGUUGUUCGCUCAAGCACUUUGAUGUUUCUGUUAGAAGUACACCAGUCUUCUGGCGUUCUAAAGAUGUACUAGUAUAACAUAUAGUACUCAAAUUUCUACAGUAAUUUAAUUCCUUGCCAAUGGUGUUACCUAUUGACUUUGAUUUGCGGAUGUUUGGGUUCGUAGUUUAAUUCCAAUGAUGAUAAAUAUAUAAAUGCAUUCUCAGCCCUUUUUGAAAGAA